CCAAAGAAUUCAGAGAAAAAAAAAAAAAAAAGGUCAUUUCGUCUCUGAAUCAAAGAAGAAGAAGCUAUGGCGGAUCAGCUAACAGAUGAACAGAUCUCUGAGUUUAAGGAAGCUUUUAGCCUCUUCGACAAAGAUGGAGAUGGUUGCAUUACCACAAAGGAGCUGGGAACAGUGAUGCGGUCACUAGGCCAGAACCCAACAGAAGCUGAGUUACAAGACAUGAUCAACGAGGUGGAUGCUGAUGGUAAUGGCACCAUUGACUUCCCUGAGUUCUUGAACCUAAUGGCCAAGAAGAUGAAAGACACAGACUCAGAGGAAGAGCUGAAAGAAGCUUUCAGGGUUUUCGACAAAGACCAGAACGGUUUCAUAUCCGCUGCUGAGCUCCGUCAUGUCAUGACUAACCUCGGGGAGAAACUGACUGAUGAAGAGGUCGAGGAGAUGAUCCGUGAAGCAGAUGUCGACGGUGAUGGUCAGAUAAACUACGAGGAGUUCGUCAAGAUUAUGAUGGCUAAGUGAUGAAUGAUAAGAAGAAGAAAAUGAAGAAUAAAAUUGCGGUGUUUUAGGCUUUUUUACUAUCUCUACAAAAAAAAAGAUUCAGACCUUAGUGUUUUGGGUUUGAUUAAUGAGCCUAAAUAGUUCUCAAGAUUUUAACAGACUGAAAUUGUGACUUGUCUUUUUUUACUUUGUUGGUCUUUUCUUGUUGGCAUAAUGCAAAUGUUUAGAUUUUGGUAACUAGAGUGGUCGCGAAAAGCUCUUAUUAUA